AUGCCAGACGCGUCCCACGCUUCCAAUUCGUGCUGGACCUGUCGGCAGAAGCGGGCCAAGUGUGACAGACUCCUCCCAACUUGUCUCCGCUGUACCUCCUUGAAGCUUCGUUGCCAAGGAUAUGACCGACCGAAGAAGUUGGUGUGGACCAAUAGUGUGGCCAGCCGAGGCAAGAUGAUGGGGAAAGCCACAUUCGGUGCAGAUCAAGGACCAAAUCAUGAUCUUGUAGCCACAAGAGAUUGCCACUCUGGCACCCUCGCAGUAGGACACUCCUGGGACACUUUGCGUGAAGCACUGCCGGCAUCACUUGACGUGUCAUGGUCUCUCAUCGACCCUGACCUGCAAGACUUGUCAAUUGAUUGCCGGAAGUACAUACGCUACUGUAAGCUUUAUCCCGAUGGUGAAGGCGCUGAUCAUGUUGUGACAGUUGACAUGGAAAUGUCCAAGGAAUGUGUCGUUUAUCAGACAUCCAGCAAUCCUUUCUUGUCUCUUAUGCCGCUUAUGUCUAGGAGCCAUGCCUUAUCCCAUGCAAUGAUCGCAAUAUCGGCUUUCCACUACUCUCAUCGGCUAGUCAUCAACCAGAUGCAAGCCCCCCGUGCGGAAAGCAGGCUUCUCGAGGUUGACAAUACUUCACUGUGGCAUAAAUCAGAGGGACGCGACUGGCAGCUGAGCCAGCCAAACUUCUCACCCUCACUGCGUGUAGCUCUAGCUCAUAAGCAAAGAGCCUUGCAGUAUCUGAAGGUAGAAAUACAAGACGGCGAUGUGACAAACAAUGAUGCCGCAGUGGCAGCCAUUGUUCUGUUUAUCUGUAUGGAUGUGGUUGAGUUUGGCAGCCGGGGGUGGGAGCAUCACCUGGGAGGUGCUGGCGAAAUACUCCAACAGCGCAAAGCCUCCCUUCAGAAUCGCAGUCUCGGAAAUGAUCACUGGGUGGAUUAUUUUGACACAGCCUACACGACGUUUGGGAUCAUGGGCGCAACCCUGGCGCCAGCGAAGGACUCUUUUGCUCAGCAACUAGCUUCACUUGAUCCGUCUCUCCUAAGAAUCUUGCGACAAUCUGAAGAUCAAACUUGGGUUGGCUGUCCUGCCGAGCUGCUCUACCUAGUUUCCAUCAUCAACUCUAUGCGAUCACUCACGGCCUAUUCUGAAGCAGACCAGGUGAAGGCCGCAGAGUUGUGCAAAGGUCUCGAGAACUUCUCGCCAUCAGCGUGGGCAGAGAACUUCCCGGAUCCUGAGCAUUACGAGUCGCGUUCACACCUUGCGCAUGCUUAUAAGGCCGCGGUUGAAGUAUAUGCCUCUCACAUAGUCGGACAGCUGCUUGACCGAGGGCAGAAUCUUUCUGAUCUGUAUCUUGAAGGGGUAACUCGAUCCGCCAUACUCCACAUGCUCUCCAUCUCAGCCCAGGACUUCCAUGUAAAGAGCCUGGUGUGGCCGGCCUUUGUCAUUGGGGCAGAGAUUCAAGCGGCCGAUCUGAAGAUCAUGGUUCGGGAAAUUUUCAGGAAUAUCUGGGUAUCAUCGUGUUGCUACAAUGUCAGAAACGCCAUUGAGAUGCUGGAAAGGAUCUGGGCUCGAGACGAUGAUGAGAAGAUGGCAAGGUCCUGGCUCAACUAUCUCUGGUCACUGGAAGACAGUUGGUUGUUCCUUUAG